CCACUAUUGUUGUUUAAUAUCAACAUAAUCAUGACAAAAGUACUUGUUUUGUUGUUCAUAGCCUCGGUUAUUGCUUUAGCAAGUUGUCGAAAUUCACAGCCAUGUCUUACUUCAGUUAUGGAUGAGGGCAUGAAUGAUAAUGAUAGACUAAGAAUUCUGGAACUUCAUAACAAUCUCAGAAAGCGAAUUAGGGAAGGUCGGGAAGUAAAACAUCCCAUUCCUGCACCAGGCGAACUGCUUGAUUUAGAAUAUGACAUGAAUCUUGAAAGGAUUGCCAGAGAAUCAAUAAAACUGGUUACUUGUGACGAAGGCUAUAUUUUAGAAGAUGCAAACUUCGGUGACAUCGGAAUGAACAGAUAUACCCACCAAACCAGCAGUCUAGAUAUGGCUUUGGAAAAAUUCCCCACAAAAAAUACCAAUGGAAAGUGGAGUAAUGCGUUCAGACAUUUUACUAGGGAAAAACAUGACUUUGAGUACAAAAAAAUUAAUCAACCCUUGCCAUACACUCAGGUUAUUUGGGGAAAAACUAGAAGAAUUGGUUGCGCUUACAUAUUUGGAACAAAAGAUGAUCCAGAAACUCCUUAUUCCAAAUAUUAUCUUUGCCAUUAUUAUCCAGGUGGUAACGUAUUCAAUAAAUUUCCCUAUGAAAUUGCUUCAACAAAAGAUUCAAUAAGUAAACCUGAUUAUGAAGAUUUUUUUAUCUUUACUACAUAGAAAGGAAAUAAAAUAGGUAGGUUAUGUAUCAUUUUAUACUACUUAUGUGUGUCUAAAAUAAAAUAUACCAUCAUAACUAAAUAAUUAA